UAGCCGAUGAGUGCGUGCGUAUCCAGAUUCCAAGCUGUUCUCGUGGAUUUAUCACAAUUUAUUGUCAAGGAGUUACACGUUGAGGAAGGGGAAAUUCAAGGAAAAUUUGGGCAUCUUUCUGGCCCCAGAGGAAGUGGAUUUCGAACGGGAAGUUUAAGGGACAGUUGAGGGAGUAGAAAUCCUGUCAUCAUGGGGAAAGUGAACCCUCGAGUAUUUUUCGAUGUAGAGAUAGGGGGUCUUCCCAUUGGGCGAGUAGUAUUCGAAUUAUUCACCGAUUUGUGCCCCAAAACGUGUGAAAACUUUCGUGCCCUCUGUACUGGGGAAUUGGGCCUGGGAAAGACGACUGGAAAAUCUCUGCAUUACAAGGGAAUUAUUUUCCAUCGAGUGGUGAAGGAUUUCAUGAUACAGGGGGGUGAUUUCUCCGGAGGAAAUGGCACAGGAGGAGAGUCCAUCUAUGGAGGCACUUUUCCAGAUGAAAAUUUUACUCUCAAACAUGAGAAGCCUUUUCUGCUUUCCAUGGCCAAUCGAGGAAAGGAUACUAAUGGAUCGCAGUUUUUUAUUACAACGCAACCCGCACCCCAUCUUGACAAUGUCCAUGUAGUUUUUGGAGAGGUUGUUUCCGGACAGGACUGUAUUUUACACAUUGAGGGAUUGCCUGUUGACAGGAUGUCAAGGCCAUUGCAGGAUGUCAAAGUCGUCCACUGUGGAGAACUUGUGUUGAAAGUUAAAUCAAAAGAGGAGACACGCAGCAGCAAGAAGAUGAGGGCAGACUCCACUCCUGAUUCCGGAAAGCACUCGAAAAAAAGGAAGAAACAUAAAAAAAACGACAGGAGAACAGCUGAAUCGGACGAGAGUGAACGUGAGAACGAGAAUAAUGGAAAAGAACAUCAAAAUCCUCAUCCACUCGUGUCAAUCACGAAAAUCGAUCCCGAUGAAAUACCGGAAGUACCUGCCAACAAGUUUCUUUAUCGCGCUGGACCUAACACUAACGCCAAUCAGAAAGAGUUUAAACAAUAUUAUAAUCGAGAGGCUCCUCGGAAUUAUCGAAAAACUGGACGAAUUUUCAAAGGGAGAGGAACAUUCAGAUAUCGUACCCCAUCUCAGAGUAGAUCCCGCAGUGCGACGCCCCCUCACUGGAAGCAGGCGCAGAAACGAACGAUCAAGCUGGAUGACUUGAAGAGAAUGGCCAGAGAUGAAGGUGAGAGAGGUCCCAGGAGAUUCACAGAGUCCCACGACGAUGAAAAAAAAUCCGGAAAAUCUGCCAGUGAAACUAGAGGAGUCGAGACAAGUCCAGAUCACAGUAGAUCCACCUACGAUCAGGACAAUACUCAUGGGCGUGUCCAGAGUAGAAUUAACAGUACCAGACCUUACGAAAGAUCGGACAGUAGGUCAGGAAGGGCUCGAGCAAAUGGGAGGUCCUCCUGGCGUCAGUCCAGUGGUGAUAGACGUCGCAGGAGGCGCUCCAGGUCUGGGGAAAUUAGUAGGGAGACAUCGAGAUACAGCAGUCGUCGGAGUGAUACCUCACGCAGGCACUCCACCUCCAGGAGGUCCAGGAGGACAAGCCCCAGCUCCUCCAGACAUGGCAGCAGGAAUGACAGGAGGGAUAAUGACGAGACCAAGAAGCGUGAUGACCAUGGGGGAGUGGAACAGAGAUUCAAGAGGUCUUCACGUAGUCCUUCCUCUGAGAGUUGUCAUUCUAAACGUUGAGGAGUUAUUUUCACUUUUUUUUGCACUGGACUCAUUCAUUUUUAUCACGUCAUAAUUGCGAGGAUUAAUUGUAAAAUUCCGAGGUAAUUAAUUAUGAAAAUUAAAAGCGGAAGAUUUGGUUGUUUCAGGUUUUUGUUCUAUCCGGUCAAGGAAUUUGUAAAAUAAGGUGUAGCAACAUUUUUUUCAGUGAAAAAUACAUUUGGGAUUUGAUUACACA